AUGGAUAUAAGUAUCAAAGACUCACUGGCUAAUAUUUCAGGUGCUGCAAUAUUUGACAUGGAAUAUUCAAGAUGGUUAGAUGAUGACCACAGGCUCAUGUCAGAGCUUCGAAUGGGGUUGCAAGCACAUUUAUCUGAUGGCGAUCUCAGGGUGAUUGUAGAUGGUUAUAUUGCCCAUUAUGAUGAAAUUUUCCGCCUGAAGGUAUUGGCUGCCAAAUCUGAUGUUUUCCACCUUAUUACUGGAAUGUGGACUACUCCAGCUGAACGGUGCUUCCUCUGGAUGGGUGGUUUUCGGCCAUCUGAGCUAAUUAAGAUGUUAAUACCACAAUUAGAUCCAUUAACCGAGCAGCAAAUCGUGGGGAUUUACAACCUCCAGCAAUCCUCACAACAAGCAGAGGAAGCCCUGACCCAAGGAUUAGAACAGCUUCAACAGUCCCUUAUCGACACGAUUGCUAGUGGGUCUAUCAAUGAUGGUAUGCAUCAUAUGGUUGUUGCUCUUGGCAAGCUAACCAAUCUUGAAGGUUUUGUUCGUCAGGCUGAUAAUUUAAGGCAACAAACCCUUCAUCAACUGCACCGGAUACUGACAGUUCGGCAAGCUGCAAGAUGUUUUUUGGUGAUUGGAGAGUAUUAUGGACGAUUACGAGCCCUAAGUUCCCUCUGGGUGUCUGGACCGCGAGACACUUUGAUCGCCGAUGAAAACUCUUGUCAAACAACGACGGAUUUGCAAAUGAUGCAAUCUUCGCAGAACCAAUUCCCAAACUUCUAACCAAGCUCAAGCUAGCCAGUAGCUGCCUUGAUGUUCAAAACACCAUGGCCUAUCGUUGUCUUGGCGUUGUUGGACUUCUUCUCGAUUACUCCAUAGGAGAUAGGAUAUUUGUCUUUAAUUUUUUUGCACUUUAGCCUUAUAAUACCUUCCUAUCAUUAUGUUAUCUUGUAAAUUUAAAUUAAUUUUAUGUGCAUGAGGAAAGCUUUUCACUUAAGUUGAAGAGAGAGAAGAGA